AUGCUGUUGACUGCUGUGGCCGGUGCCGGCAAGACUUCGAUUGCCCUCACGAUAGCCGAGCGAUGUGUCAGUGAAGAGGAUGUUUCCCUGUUACUACGGUUCUUUUUUAAAGCGGGCAAACGAUCGCGGCCUAAUCUUUUGUUCAGUGGCAUAGCUCAAGCUUUGGCAGACCAUGACCCCGCUUACCGCACUUUCAUUGCCUCUACUCUUCGAAACGACCCUAGUCUCCCAACAGCUUCAUUUGCGACGCAAUUCAAGGAAUUGGUCGCUCUACCUCUGCUCCGUAAACCUCCGCCUUCCGACCGUCCUAUGGUGAUCAUCAUCGACGCUCUGGAUGAAUGUGACAAAGACGUGCUUGAGCCCCUUGCCGACGUUCUUGGGGACCAAGUGCCCAGGCUACCAUCUUCCAUCAAAUUCUUCAUCACAUCGAGACAACUUGUUCUCGUGAAUCGCUACCUCUCCCCCGAUUACCCUAUUAAUCGUCUCACUAUUGAUCUCUUGGAUGAGGCAAAUGUGCAAGACUGUGCUAGAUUCAUACGCUUCCAGCUGCAAAAGCUAGGGAAGUUACAUCGGAGUUUACAGCGUACUCUUCAGGACGAGGAUAAUAUGGUACAGGAGAUCUCGAAACGAGCAAAUGGCUUGUUUAUCUGGAUCAGCACCAUCUUUCGCUACAUGGAGGUGGCCAACAAGAAUCCUAUGAUGACACUAGAAAGUCUGCUAGACACUGGUGCCGAACGGCCAGAGGUCCCUGCUGAGAAGAUGAUGGAUGACUUGUAUAUAAGCAUUUUGAAGAAAUGUGCUUGGGAGGAUGAAGAUUUUGCUCACGAUUACCCAGUUGUGAUGGGAGCAAUCUUCGUUGCUCAGCAGCCUCUGUCCAUCACAGCCUGGGACGCAAUUUUGUCGCCCUUCCUCAAGUCUUCUGCUCAAUAUGUGUUCGCUGAACUUGCGCCACUCCUCUCAGGAGUUGAGGAUCACUACACUCCGGUUUGCAUCUUACACCAGUCUUUCCACGAUUUUAUUGCCGAUCGGAUCGAUCCUCGGACAAUCAGUCCUCAUUGCAGUCCAGUGGGCGUGGAGACAGAGAAUGCCAGGCUUGCCCUGCGGUGUAUCGAGAUCCUAAACCAGGAUCUCUGCCAUGUAAAGGGCUUAGGAUUAAUUGAAAACUUGUCCGAAAACGAUGAAAUGCUGCGCAUUUCCCCCAAGGAGUUAUCGGAACACUUUCAUUACGCAUGCUGCCACAUUGUCCAUCACCUCAGCCGAGUCCAGGAACCGUCACAGGAGCUUGCUAUGUCAGUUGCUAUGUUUCUGAGUCAGGAAGCAACUCGUUGGAUGGAAGUCUGUGUGAGAAUGGAAACCUACGUCAGUAUCUCUUCACUCCCUGAGUGGGCUAAGGCAUAUGAGGCAGCAAAUGACACUGUUGUACUCUACCGUUGCCUUUUUUCUGUGAACUCAAGUUUCUACACUCCCCAUUUGGCCAAGUCACUUCACAGUCUACACAAAGCUCUUUCUAAUCUCGGACAGCAUUUGGAGGCGCUUCCAUUCAUUGAAGAAUGUGUCAAAAUCCAAUGCCAGCUAGUUGGCAUUGACCCAGGAUCACACACACCGGAUUUGGCCAUAUCACUCAGAAAUCUAUAUUUGGCUCUUUCGGGUCUCGAGGCGCUUCCAUUCAUGGCAGAAUGUGUCAAAAUCCGGCGCCAGCCAGUUGGCGUUAACCCAGGAUCAUAUACACCGGAUUUGGCUAUAUCACUCAACAGUCUAUAUGUGGCUCUUUCCAAUCUCGGACGGCACUCGGAGGCGCUCCCAUUCAUUGAAGAAUGUGUCAAAAUCCGGUGCCAGCUAGUUGACGUUAACCUGGGAUCAUACACACCGGAUUUGGCCAUGUCACUCAGAAAUCUAUAUUUGGCUCUUUCGGGUCUCGGACGGCACUCGGAGGCGCUUCCAUUCAUGGAAGAAUGCGUCAAAAUCCGGCGCCAGCUAGUUGGCAUUAACCCAGGAUCACACACACCGGAUUUGGCCAUAUCACUCAACAGUCUAUAUGUGGCUCUUUCCAAUCUCGGACGGCACUCGGAAGCACUCCCCUUCAUCGAAGAAAGUGUCAAACUCCGGUGCCAGCUAGUUGCCGUUCACCCAGGAUCAUACACCUCGGAUUUGGCUUUGUCACUCAACAAUCUACGUAAUGCUCUUUCCAAACUCGGACGGCACUCGGAGGGGCUCCCAUUCAUCGAAGAAAGCAUCAAACUCUACUGCCAGUUAGUUAUUGUUGACCCAGGAACAUACACCCCGGAUUUGGCCAUGUCACUCAGAAAUCUAUAUUUGACUCUUUCCAAUCUCGGACGGCACUUGGAGGCGCUCCCAUUUAUUGAAGAAUGUGUCAAAUUCUGGCACCAGCUGGUUGGCAUUAACCCAGGAUCAUACACACCGGAUUUGGCCAUGUCACUCAACAAUCUAUACAAUGCUCUUUCCAAUCUUGGACGGCACUCGGAGGCGCUCCCAUUCAUUGAAGAAGGUGUCAACAUCUGGCACCAGCUAGUCGGCAUCAACCCAGGAGUAUACACCCCAAAAUUGGCCAAAUCAGUCAAGAACCUACUGUUAGACACUGGUCCAGGGUCGGCACCGAAGGUCGCCAUUGUGGGCCGCUAUAGGCCGCAAUGGCUGUGA